AUGGCCGCGCGCGCACCGCUCGUCAUGCCGCGCGCCGCCGCCAGAUCCGGCCCGCUCCCGGCUGCGGCGGCCGUGGCCCCGCGCCAGUCCGCGCAGUGUCUCCGCGCGAGGGGGGCUGUCGGCGGCCUCUUCUUCGACCAGCGGACAGCGCGCCCGGUCCGCCACCUCCUCCCUGACGCCAAGUUGGGAGCGAUUGGUCGGGAGCACCGCGGAGGCCGCGCCGGCGGAGGGGCUCGUGCAGAAGCUGCAGGGGUCGAGGUGUUCGACCUGAACGGCAAGGCGGUACCCAUCGUUGAUCUGUGGAAGGAAAGGAAAGCAGUGGUUGCGUUUGCUCGCCAUUUCGGGUGCGUGCUGUGCCGAAAGAGGGCGGACCUUCUCGCGGCGAAACAGGAUGUCAUGCAAGCUGCUGGAGUUGCUCUUGUUUUAAUUGGACCAGGUAGUGUUGAACAGGCAAAGGCAUUUUGUGAGCAAACCAAAUUCAAAGAAGUGUAUGCAGACCCAACUCACUCAUCAUAUGACGCUCUUGAAUUUGCAUUCGGGUUGUUCUCUACCUUUACGCCAGCGGCUGGCCUCAAGAUAAUACAAUUGUACAGGGAAGGAUACAGGCAGGACUGGGAAUUGUCAUUCGAAAAGAACACUAGGACACGAGGCGGAUGGUAUCAAGGGGGGCUGAUUGUUGCAGGGGACAUUGUAUCAGCUCGUCUCAGCACGAAUUUCCUCGACGACGUCUCCUGCAUGCUCGGAUGCACCCGGUCCUCGCUCCACGUCGUCGCCUCCGAGAACGGAGUCGUCGUCGGCCGCCUCAUCUUCGCCGACGACGGGGACCGGAUCGACUGCACGCGCAUGGGCGUCGGCGGGAAGGCCAUACCGCCCAAUGUCGACAGGGUCUCGGGCAUCGAGAGCGACGCGCUCUUCAUCCUCCUGGUGGAGAAGGACGCUGCAUUCAUGCGACUUACCGAGGACAGGUUCUACAACCGCUUCUCCUGCAUCAUUCUGACGGCCAAGGGGCAGCCAGAUGUCGCCACCCGGCUGUUCCUGCGGCGGCUCAAGGUUGAGCUGAAGCUGCCAGUGCUCGCGCUGGUGGACUCCGAUCCAUACGGGCUCAAGAUCUUGUCAGUGUACAUGUGUGGUUCGAAGAACAUGUCGUAUGACAGUGCCAAUCUGACGACGCCGGACAUCAAGUGGCUCGGUGUCCGGCCGAGCGACCUGGACAAGGCUUAUUACUUCCGUGUUGACAUGGAAAUGGGGUAG